AUGGCUGGGAGGAAGAAGGUGAAACUAGCCUACAUCAUCAACGACGCGUGUCGAAAAGCAUCAUACAAUAAAAGGAAGAAGGGCUUCGUGAAGAAGAUGAAGGAAAUUAGUAUUCUUUGUGAUGUUCCAGUAUGUGGUAUUCUGUACAGUCAAUAUGAGUCUCGACCUAUUGUUUGGCCCAAUCCUUUAGAAGUGCAACGCCUCAUCACGCAGUUCAGGAACAUGCCUGAGGACGAGCGGAAUAAGAAAAUGGUGAACCAUGAGAUGUUUCUGAAGCAGAGGAUCGAAAAGGAGCAAGAGAAGCUGAACAAGCUGAAGAAAGAGAACCGAGAGAAGCAAAUCCGGAUGCUCAUGAACCAGUGCCUCGCUGGGAGACCCCUUACUGGCUUGAACUUAGACGGUUUGAAUGAUAUGGACUGUAUGAUCAAGGGGAGCUUGACAGAGAUUGUCACACAGAUCAAGAGCCGGAAGGAGAAGGAACUGGCGGAGAUGAACCAACCCCAAGUCGCACCACCACAAGUGCUUGCAGCCACAACUGAUCAGAACAUGCAUGCAGCAAUGGAAACGCAGGUGUUUGAUCAAAGCAACAUAUACACAAAGCAGACGGUUCCAUGGUUCCUUGGGGACGUGCCAAACCAACAAUUCGGUUUUGUUGAUGAUCAGAUCCCACCCCUUUGA